AGAAACCCUAAAGACUCCCACCAAAAAAACAUCACCGGAGAAUCUGACGGCGGCUUAGCACCGACUGCUACUGCAGAAAGAUUGUUUAUCUUCUUGGGGGUAUUUUACUUACCUUUUGGAAGAAACAUAACGUCUUUCGCGGUAGCUAAAAGCUAAGCUCAGUCAGUAUAUAUACAUAUUUUAUCUAAAAUAACACAAUGGCAGCUGCUCGUUCACUCUCCGGCGCCGUUAAAUCUCUUUGCUCCACCGCAUCCCACAGCUUUUCUGGUUCCAUUGUCUUGAGGAGGAGUUACGUUGCGACAGUACCAGGAUUUCGUAAGGGAGGUUCCACAAGAGUUAUGGUGGGAAAGAUGGAACAAAGAGCAAAUCAAGAGGCAGAGUCUGCUUGGUCCCCGGAUCCAGUCACGGGGUACUACAGACCAUCUAACCGUGCGGAUGAGAUUGAUCCAGCGGAGCUCCGUGAGAUGCUUUUGAAAAAUAAAGCCAAGCCUUUCUGAGGAUUUCAAUUGGUUGGGUCCCACUAGACUAUGUUGUAACCUUGUAUGGGAUUACUAUGAUUCCCGUUUGUUAUGUUUUAUCUUAAUUAUCUACUUUUUGGAGGUUAAAGUAAAAUAAAGAUACUAUCUAUCUCAGUUAA